GUUGCCCCUCAGCCCUUUACUGACGUCAACAGACCAGUGCUGGACAUAUAUAAGGUCUAUGGGGUCCUCCCACCGUCACUCGAGGGACUCCGGACGGGCUGCUUCACCAGGGGCCACAGAGCGGAUUACUGGGGCUUACUGUGCAAGGACGUCUGGUCACCAUGAAGCCCGUCCCGUUCAUCCUGCUCCUCGCAUCUGUCCUGCUGGCCUCCCACGGCCGCCCCUCCGCCGUCCGGACGCUCCCCGCCCGGGACGAGGCGCUCCUCAGCGCCGUCUCGGACCUCCUCGGCGACACGCUGCUGCGCGUCAUCCAGAGGACCAGUCCGGGGGUCAGUCUUUCCCUUGGGUCCGACAACGAGGAGCUCUCGAUAGCAGCGCAGAUGGACGCUACAGCCCUCUUUCACCUGGCGCGUGCUGUGGCGUCCUUGGAGACAGAGCUGCGCGCGCCCGGGAUGGAGGGUGAGCCCGAGAAGAACCGUGUGGACGACCUGGGGGAGCUGUCCAAGAGGAGCGAGGAGCCGCCGAUCUCCAUCGACCUCACCUUCCACAUGCUCAGACACAUGAUCCACAUGGCGAGGGUGGAGAGGGAGAAGGAGCAGGCGGAGAUGAACCGACACUUCUUAGAUGAGGUGGGGAAGUGACAGACCCGGUGAACAUGGGGAGAAACAAGCUAUACUAUCAAUAUGUUCUUUCAAGUUUUUUUUUUUUUUUUUUGAAAUCGUUGAGUAGGCCUAUAUCUGCCUUCAGCCUGUAUUCACGCAUAAGCAGUGUCGGUUUUACAAACUAUGUUUAGAAAAUGGUUUUAGAUGCAUGGAAACGAACAGUGCAGACUCACCAUUGAGCGCCUCUCAGCUCCUGCUAGGGGUAACUAGUGCUCAGAAUAACUCCUUACUGGUUCCAGUGUCCUUUUCAAACUCAGCUGAAGACUCACGAAGUCUAACGGAUCAUGAGGAGGAUAAUAUAGGCCUACGUAGUGUUCUGGGACAAGUUCAUCCUUGAAAAAAUAUUUAGAUUUAAGAAUGACAACCUAAGUAAAGAUUUGAAAAGGAUUAAAUCUCACUGAAUAUUUUAAACAGAACCUCUCCAGCACUUCAAUAUUAAAAUAUUACGAUAAAAAAAUAUGUUUUAUUUGAUCAAGAUAUACUUCAAAUAAAGACCUUUUGAGGGAGUGUAUAGGCCUACUGUCAGUACUCUACUGGUCAUACAUGUUCUAACCUGCUUAAAUUCACCACAGUGGAUAGGUUGUUGAGAAUGCAUGAUGUGGUUUGUAGGCCUAUGUGGUGAUUUGUAGGAUUUAUUGAAACAUGAAUUGUUCAAGGAGGCUUGUUAAACUAGAUUGAACAGUCUUAAGUCUGCCGAAAAUGACCCCAACGCUGUUUGGAUGUUAAUUUGAACAUCAAAAUCAUGACGGAUGUUGUUCCAGACCCAAUGUGUUAUUCUGAUUAUCAACUUGGACCACUAGUUUUCUGUUGGUUGCAACUGGGACAUUGUUUUUAAGGGAAAAGUUGGAAGGAAGUGAAAGGAAGGCAGGCUACUAUUUCAUUUCAUAUUUUCCUUGUCUUUAUUUUUCCACCUUUAAUUGAUUAUUGGUUUUAAAGAGCUCACUAUUGUCUGUAGCCUGUUCCUUCUGCAGCAUGCGUGGCUUUCAAGAAAAACACAACAAAAAGGCAUGUUUUUAAUCAUCUAUCGUAUUGUUGGACGCAACGUAACUUUAGCAGUUGACCUCAACAAGCUCUCACCAGUUAUUUUUUGUAA